AUGGAGUACAACCGCCAGCCGUGUCCCAUCAGGAUUGUGGAGGACUGCGGAUGCGCCUUUAUGAUGGGCACAAUAGGAGGUUCGCUGUUCGAGUUCCUCAAGGGUUUCCGUAACGCUCCUUCUGGACUGCGACGUGGCCUUUAUGGCGGCUUUGAUUCGGUGAAGAUGAGAACACCAAGCAUUGCCGGGAGCUUCGCCAUUUGGGGAGCUACCUUCAGCACGGUGGACUGUGUCCUGGUCUCCUACCGCCAGCGGGAGGAUGCCUGGAAUUCGAUAAUCAGUGGAGCCACCACCGGCGGUAUUUUGGCAGCACGCAAUGGAAUCCGGGCCAUGGCCAACAGUGCUCUUGUGGGCUGCCUGGUUUUGGCCAUGAUUGAGGGAGCCGGUGCUGCAGUGGCCACUAUCAAUGCAGCCGAUGGAGAGACGAAUCUACCCAUCAAUCCUCAGCGGCCUCACUGGGAGGCCUUGAUAGAGGACACCGUAAAUGCUGAUUUACAGCAGAAUUUUGCCGAGGCGGAGUUUGAGCAGGUGCUGGAAAAAUGUAGAGCGUACAAGUCCAGUAUUGGUAAAGCUGCUUCUGUAGGAUCCACGCCAGCAAAUAGUCACGAAAGGGUGACUACAGAUGAGAAGCCUUUUCACUCGCUGUUGGAUCUCGUCAAACUGGCCGAGAUUCUCUGAUAUUGCUUAAACAAAAAACUUUUUGUGUUUCUUCAAUCUUUCGGUUUCGUGGUCGCUCAUCCAAAUUAUUUGCAUGUGCUAAUUUUCUCUG